UUUUCAUGCAGGCCUAAAAUGUGUUGUAUGUUUUGUGUUGUGGUAGUGCUCAUGCAAUAUUUUAAAGACAGGAUCAUUAGCAGCUGUGCAAUGCAUGACAGCAUAAUUUAGAGGAAAGCAUCUUCUUUUGCAUUUUAAUAGGCCCCAAAGGAAAGUUGUUUUCAUUACUGAGGCAUUGCAAAACGUUUUUAAAGAACCCUGCCUGCAAGUCCCGUUUAAUAUCAUUUGAGGAAAGCGCAUUGCAACAACUUAUCAAGUAAAACCUGCAAGUGCAUUUAGUAGGUGUAGUUUAAGAUGGUAUAGAAGACCCUAACCCCCAAAUCAAGGGAUGUUUAUAUUAAAAUUGUGCAAUUGUACAUUAGUAAGCCCUUAUUUAAAUACCAUGUACAUUUCUGUCACUUUACGAAACUCUGUUGCAGUUCUAGAAUCAGUCCAGAGAAGAGCAACCAGAUAUAUUCUGGGUCUUGGAAAAAAUGUCAUGUAUUUACCAGCUAAAACUAAACUUUUUUUAGCCUCAUACAGAGAAAACUACAAGGGCACCUUGUCUUCAGAGUCGUCCCUGUGGACAUUUAGUACCUGGUGAUAUGUGAAUGAGAGAUUGUAUAUGGAAGCUACACGGAAGUGCAUUUAAAUAUUAAAUCAGGGCUCACUUCUUUACAAAGGGUCAUGGCAGUGCAGAAUACCCAGUAUGGAGUACGGAUACCCAGCCAUGAAACCCUCACUUAACUACUACCUACCAAAUUGGCUUCUCUCAUUUGUUAAAUUGAUGUUUUUAACCCUGUGAUUCUCAUUACAGGUACAAACACAUCAGCAUAUCAUGGCAUCCCUGCCUAGGUGGUCUGUGUUUAAAGCAGACAUCAUCCAUGAAACUGAAUCCAUCAUUAAAGGGCAAAGAGCCUGUUUGUCCUUAAACAGUGCUUAAGCUUGUCUUGUCAGCAGUCUUCUUCAUAAACGUUGCUGGGGAAAAAAAAACAACAACUUGGCAGCCGUGCUGUAGCACUGUUGUAAGGACCUGAAUGUUCUCGCAUUUCACCAGUGUGGCCCCACAGAAUGGGUUAAUGUAAAGCCAAUCCAGUCAGAGCCACAGGCAGACUUUGGGACGGGAAUGACACACUUCAGAAACCCAUCCGUUUUGUGACCAGGUUCUACAAAGGUAACAGAAAUGACCGGUUCUUGGAGGAAGGUGAAAGUGCUGGGGAUUAUGAUGACGGUGAAUUUCUUCAUUUACAUCGUGGUGGAAGUGUCCAGGAGUGGAAGCCAUGAGAAAGAUCUAAACCACAGAGUUCGUAUUCCCGAUAAAUUGUUUUGGAAAAAAAUAGUUGCCCUUGAUGCCUAUUGGAACAGGGAGCAGCAGAGACUGGACCUUUUACACAACCCCAUCCUUGCUGUUCUAAAUGGCAGCAACAGUAGUUUGAAGGACGGUAUGGACAACUCUAGCCAUCUGAACUCCUGUGACCCGGACAUCGGGGUCAUGACCCAUGUGAAGGAUUACAACUCUCUGCCGGAGCGUUUCAAAGACUUCCUCCUGUUUAUGAAGUGCAGGACCUAUCCCAUGGUGGUGAACCAGCCACACAAGUGCAAAGACAAGCCUUUCCUUUUGCUAGCUGUUAAAUCCCUGGCACCUCACUUUGACAGGAGGCAAGCCAUCCGAGAGUCCUGGGGAAAGACUGGUCAGCUGGAAAACUUCACGGUGGCCACUGUGUUUUUGCUGGGCAAUGCUACCGCGGAGGAUCACUUCCCUGAUUUAUCUGAAAUGCUGCAGUAUGAGAGUAGGAUGCAUGGAGAUCUCCUGAUUUGGGAUUACAGGGAUUCGUUUUUUAACUUGACUAUUAAGGAGGUUCUGUUCCUCGAAUGGGUCAGUCAGUACUGCUCUGAGGUGAAGUUUGUGUUUAAAGGCGAUGACGAUGUUUUUGUCAACACCUAUCGCAUUCUGGAGUACUUAAAGAACAUGCAUGAACAGAAAGCCAAAGAUUUAUUUAUAGGGGAUGUCAUCAUGAAUGCCGGGCCUCAUCGAGACAAGAAGUUAAAGUAUUUUAUUCCAGAGAGCAUGUUCGUUGGGCCAUACCCUCCUUAUGCAGGUGGAGGUGGCUUUCUCUACUCUGGGAGCCUGGCGUUGAGACUGUACAAUAUAUCCCAACAAGUAUCGCUGUAUCCCAUAGAUGAUGUCUACACAGGCAUGUGCCUUAAGAAGCUUGGCCUUGUUCCAGAGAAGCACAAAGGUUUUAAGACUUUUGAUAUUGAAGACAAGUACAGAAACAACCCCUGUGCUUAUAAAAGUCUAAUGCUCGUGCACAGCAGAACUCCUCAAGAAAUGAUCAAAAUCUGGACAUGGCUGAAGGACCCAGAACUGAACUGUCACUGAGAUGUAAUGUAUUUGGGUUGGGGGGCAGGGUUGGCAGCUGAAUUUUGCAGUUUAGUCUGCAACUAAUUUUCUUCUUGACAUCCAAAGGCGCAUAGGAAAUGUGGCCCCAAACUACUGUGUGUAUGUCCAGGAAGGAAUUGAGGACAAAGAUGCUUUCUUUUGGUACAAAUUUGGAAAUCUGGUUAUAGCUUCACAAUCACCAGUCUCUGCCAGGAAUCAGUCUCUUGUGGCUAAUCUAAUUUGUUCCCUUAUUUGGUUAACCAUAGGGCUAUUUAUGAACUAGUUGAAAAGAAUGCAUGCAUUUUUUUCCUAAUAAAGUUGAAGGAUUUUUCUUGUGGGGAGAAGUAUCAGCAGAGAAUUUAAGUGGGGUAUCUAAAUAAAAUCACCCUGUCACAGGGUACUGAAGUAGUUGUUGGCUAGGGUUCUCGCAGUAUAUGGGUUAACGUCUGUGCAAGAGAACUGCUGGGAAUGCAUUUUGGCUUUAUUCCCCAUGGGUCAGUUUUCCCACUUGUACCACUUGGAGGACCAAAUCAUUCUGGAGCUGCUCAGAGUAGAGGUAAUGAGCAUUUAUGCCAUUUGUAUUACUUUGUAGAACCAGAGGAAUCUUAAUAAUUAAAAGAAUGUCUGAAGCAGUUCUGUCAUUUGUUAAACCUGUAUAGCAGUUUUUGUUUUGUACAUUUUUUAAGUAACUAAUUUAUCACCAGUGGUCUGUUUUAUUGAUUCAAUCCAGAUUUGUCAUGUAACCCUGAGUGCUUGAAACUUCUGCACCUCUGAUUAAUAAAGGAUUUUGUUUUUUUCAGUGCUGAAGUUCUAAUGAGAAAGAGGGUUGGAUUUGUUUGGAAAGAAAGUGGCAUCACUUGUCAAGUAUCAUUUUUGCAGCUUUAAAGUAUAAGACCCUCAUGAACAAGUCAUUAAGUUU